AUGCUUCUUGCUCCAUACGCAUUGGAGGAGUGCUUGCUGCAGCUGCCACACUUGAAAGGAAAGCGUAGUAAUGUCAGGACUCUAAUUGAUCCAUCCGACCACCAGAAUGUACCUCGGGCAACCAAAUUAAUUAAGGCAGUCAUCUCUCUCAAGGACGAAGUCGAGCGAGACGAGCUUUCCCCUACACAAAUGAAAGAGCUCACUGGAUACAUCUUACUUGGAGAACUUUUUAACGCCCUCCUAGAUCCUUUCAUAAACCCUUCAACCUCAUUAUCUGAGCGUCUACAACUCCUUUCGACUUAUGCACACCUUGCAUUUGCACUGUUCAAAUUACAUGGGCCAUCCUUCAUGACUGGGCAGCUGUACAGUGACACACAAUCUCUGGUCAAAUGCUGUUAUUUCAUGGUCGCACAGCAGCAAAUUCUUGACGAUUCACAGCCGAUGUUUCUGCACUUGAUUGGAUCAGAUCGCUUAGAGGAACAGUUUUGCGAGCUACGGACAGAGACUCAUGAUCGCAACUGCGAUACUCUACAAGUCUGCGAGCGACUUUCUACAUCUGCUGAACGGGUAUCUGUUUACAGCCGACACCCUUCCUGGAGGAAAUCGUAUCGCAGGAUGUCCUAUACAGGCCGUGAAGAUGAGGUUGACCAUGUCAAUCCAACAUUUUUUACAGGCAAUUUAAUUGUAUGCAACGUUGAUCUCCAGGGCGUGUGGGACCUUGGCCGAUCCAAUGCA